UAUCAGGAUUAACUUCUGACGUUGAUGCUUGCUACAAUCCAUCACAACCACAUUAUUUGUCAUUGAUUAACAACACCCUGGAUCCGAAUUGUUUUUCAAUUUCCCGCGAAUUAUUUUUGGGUGAUAAAAUGUAUGAAACACCCUCGAAAGAUUUAAUUCCCAUGACCAUUUCCUCUUGCACAAAUUGUACCUUGAUCACAUCGCUCACCUUCUCGCACCUUGACCCGACCUAUUUAAGUUCCAAUCAGGCACAGUGUAAAUCAUUUAUUCACGAUACUUCUUUUAAUGAUAGUUCUUUCGAACAUACAGAACUUAUCAAUAAGGAAAAUGAAAACAAUUUUAGUGAUGAUUAUUCUCUAACCAUUUCCCGCGCGAGUAAUAAAUUUCAAAACUAUUUGAAUAUCGAUAAUAAAUCUGAAUAUUCCGUUGGUUACCAUUCUAGUUCUCAAUUUUCCGACCACAUAAUUGUAAAACACAAAAACAUGCUAAAUCCAGCCGUUUUAACAUCCCUGAGUUACAAUUCAUCGACGGACAUUAUAUCGAAAGAAAAUGAAAGUGGCAUAGACCUCAAGUAUUACAACUUGAGUCCAUGGUGUUCAUUGUCGUCAUCGUCUAACGAUAUAGAAGUUAGUAAUAUAGAUACUUGGCGGUGUUCAGAUGAGAACACAAUGAAAACGAUACCCGCUGCCGUUGGCUGUUCCGGUAGGUAUUGCAGCUUGAGUAGUGGCUCAAGUGAGUUGUUGAGUAAAAUGUACGAUACGGCUUUGGAAAAGUACGAACGCGUGCAGCGAGACCACGAAGCCUUGAGACUCAAACAUGCCCAACUUCAGGCCUCUUAUGACACCACACUUGCUCGUGUCGAAAGGGAAGCUUCACGCAUCAGAAGCAAGCUUGAGGCCGCGCUCCAGGACAGAACUCAAUUGCUCAAACAAAACUUAUCCCUUAAACAACAUCUCACGGGCCUGAGUCGGAAGCUCGAAAUCACUCUCCUCGAGACCAAACAAGCUACUUACCAACUCAAAACGGUGUCACAGCAAAGAGAUGAGGCUAUAAAAGAGAUGAAUCAUGCAUUGGCUUUGCAAAUUCGUUCCUCCAAAGAUUUAGAAAAACGAUUAAUGGAAAGAAAUGCCGUUGUACAAGAAUACAGUUUGGUUAUGGCAGAAAGGGAUACCGUGCACCAAGAAAUCGACAAACUACAGGAAGAAAUUAAUGACAAUAAAAUAAAAAUAAAUCGACUUGAAAAAGAAACUCAAGAAAACGCUGAAGAAAAAGAAGCGUAUAAAAAGGAAUUGGAUAUGUCUUCGAAAGAGCAAAAUUUGUUGAUUAAGGAUUAUGAAAUUAUAAAAAAUAAAUUUCAAGAGGCAAAAAAUGAAAAUAUUAAACUGGAAAAAGAGAAAGAAGAAAUUUUAAUUCGAUGUAAAAACUUAUUCGAUGAAAAGGAUUCCCUAAAAAAGGAUAAAAUGCGAGCUUUGGAAGAUAGGGAUAUUAUUUUAAGAGAUUUGUACCAAAAGGACAGGAUAGGAGACUCUGAUAAAGAAGUCUUAUAUGACAGAUUAAGACUAUUGCAGUCUCAAUUAAUAGAAACUCGUAGGGAUGCAGAUAUCGCUAGAAGGAAGAGGGAUGUGGCUUACAAUGAAAGAGAUAAAAUUAUCCUGGAAAAGGAUAAAUAUAAAGAUGUUUUUUUAAGGUUAAAAGCUGAUUGUGACGAUAAUUACAUGGAAUACGACAAAUAUAGAACAAUAAAUUAUCGGUUAGAAGGGUUCAAGGGUAAACACAUUAAUUUUAACGCACUAAAUGAAUUCGAUUGGCAAACCGAAAUUAUAAAUUACAAAUUGAACGAUAAAUUAAAUUACGAAGAAUUCGGAAUUCAUUUUGAUCGUAUACCCUCUUGCAAAAAUCAUUUUACUAUGGGUGUGCGUGUUGUACAUGUUUCAAAGAAGUCUAUAUUUUACAAUAACAUAAAACAAAAUGAUUAUAUAGUAAGUGUGAAUGAUAUCGAUAUCACCGAAUCUCCAGAAACACUGAUUCAACAAAUCUUAGACACCGCUCAAUUGAAUUAUUUACGUUUGAUUAUUAGACGAAACAGAGAAAAUAAAAUUCAAUUUAGAUUCGCAAAAUUUUUGUAUACAAGUUCAAUUGAUUGGCCUUUUGGGCAAGAUUUGGGUCUCGUAUUAUCUAUGGGUGUUUUUAUUGAUGAUAUAAAAACCAAGUCCUUGAUUUCUAAGGAUAAUAUAUUUUCUAUUGGGGAUCGUGUAUUAAAGAUAAACAACAUGGCGAUUGAUUCUAAAAACAAGAUUGAAGAUAUCCGAAAUUUGUUAGACAAUAAGGGAACGAUUUCAAUAACCGUGGCGAAAAAUGAAAGUUUUAAUAACUAUUUAGUUAAAAACACGUUAGAAAUCGACAAAUUAUUAGAAAACAAAUCUUGUUCCGUAAAACCUGACAAUCUUGAUAGAUACAUGGAGACGUUUGAUGCUUUAGACUUUCCUAAUAACCAUUCUUAUAGAAACAUAUUGUUAACUUAUCCUAGAUGUAAAUAUUUAUAUGCUCAUUAUUUGCAAAAGUUAGGUUCAGACCUAAAAACAUAUAACAGGGAAAAAUAUUCUCAAAUGAGAAAUCAAUUACCAUUGCCUUGGCCUAAAGCUUAUUUAAUUAAUUCUCAAAUGUAUAAAAAAUCAUUAUCCCAAGAAAAUUUAUUUUGUCCUUCGUUGCUUAACAACCAAAAAUAUGAUUCGAUCGGCAAACAAGCCAUGUCAUGCAAGAAAGCAAACGAUCAAAAUAUGGUGAAAGAGAGGAAGAGUUUAAAAUGGCCUCAGCGGAAAGGCAAACUAAUAUCUACGAAACUUGAAGCCUAUCUCGAUAAGCUACAGGAAAAGAUGAAAAAAGGAAUAGGAGUCACGCAUGCCCAUUAUGAAUCCAAGCAAAACCCUUCUCAAAAGAUGAUUAAGCAAAAAGAAAUUUGCCCACUCCUCUCGAGAGACGAGGAAGAAACUCUUGCAGCCCUUGACCACGUCAUAUGUCAAUAUGGGCAAGCUAAAUAUUCAAAAAAAGAUAUUUACACUAAAACACAUAACUAUGACAAGACGAAUACGCGGAAUCAAACUUGGCCUACAUCUCAUAUCAAAAACAUUUUUAGGCCGACCAGUGCAACUAAUCAAACCCAGAAUGAACUCAUGGAAAAAUAUCCUAAAGUUUCUAAAAAUCGAAAAACAACCACUAACAAUAGUGUAGCGCGUCUGUCCACCUUUUUCGCCAAGUUGAAAACGCAAGAACAUCGAGAUGCGCCAUGCAAAUCUGGUCCCGAACAAUCAUACCAUUCCAUGUGUUCCUUUAAGUUCCCAUCAUCCUCGGCAUCCCAGUGCGACUCUUUUCUAUCGCAACAGCAUCAAUCAGCAAAUAUAGAAUCGAUCAAAAAAUCUAACAUUGAACAGAUAUCAGCUAGCUUAUGGCCUAGGAAAAAAAGUAAAAAAGAAAGGCGUUCACUCUUUUCCUCUUUUUGGGGACAGGAUCUGAAGCGGGAUUUCGUUCCUAUCACAUCACUAGGUCUCAAUAGAAAUAAUAAAGAUACAAAAAUUAUCCCCACUUGUUUAUCCCCUACAUUGAUAUCAUCGCGCUCGUCCUUCCUUACUUCUAGUCUUAAGUCAACCUCCAACCCAUUAUCUAAAAGUAGGAAAGCAUUUUACCUUAACGAUUUUCCAACUGACGUGAAAACCGUUAAUGAACAAAAUUUCAUUAAAUUGGAAUCGUUAAGCUCUAUGGAGGCUGAUUAUUGUCACAAUCAUACCAUGGUUACCAAUGAAGAAAAUACAAGCAAUAUUUACAAGGUUUUUUCUCAAACAGAACAAUUUUCAAAUGAUAAUAACCAUCAAUGUUAUACUGAUUGGAACCAAGUAAAGUUUAAAAAUGAUGAUACUAAAAUGUUAUCGAUAUUCAAAGAAAAUCAAAAACAACUGUGCUCAUAUGAUUCUUAUCAAACAUUUCCAAAUAAACGUUUUCAGAAAUCCAUAAUUAAUAGCCAGGAUGACUAUUGUGAUAAUGAAUUUGUAAAUUAUAAAAUAGCGCCAUCAUUUAAUACAUCCAUUAGUAAAUUACCGUCUAUGGCAGCACUUAUUAAGAGACGCCAUAAGAAGUUAUCAUAUGACAGCUAUUUUAGUGGAAUACGACCUAAAUCAGUUCCACCCAACAAGUUAUACAAUAUAGCAAAUUCGUCAACCCAUAAUUUUAUACACGAAAUCCCCCUUUCCCAUGGUGCUAAGUUUGAUUUUACUAUUGAAAAAUUCUAUCUCAAACAUCAUUCUGAUAGUAAUUAUAAUUCUAAUGAUAAUGGUGAAAUGAUUUAUAAGGAUAUAAUCCAUGAUUCAAGUUCAAAAAUAAAUAAUAGUGUUCGAUCUCGAUAUAAUCAAAAUUAUAAAACAAAAUUAAAAACAAAUCCUUUCAUUGUUAAACCUCUAUCCGAAAUCUUAACAUCUUCAUUUGAAGAGGAAGGAGAGAGCGGAAAUUAUAAAACCAAAAUAAUGAUGAUAAAUAAUCAUUCAUCCGAUAUUAAUAACAACAUUAUUACUUUUAAACAGUUAGAUUGUGCCAGCGAAAUCAUAGAUUUACAAACUAAUAGCCAUGAUGGUGCUAUAUACAAUAGUUACAAAAUUAACAACACUAAUGUUGAUGUUUAUGAAAAUCCUAUUAGUCUUGAAAAUAUAUUACAAGUAUCGAGUAGUCCAACUAUAAAAAAUAAUAUCAAUAUCGAUUAUCUACUUUCUAGAACAACCGCGCCUUUUAAAUUGGAUUUGACCCUAAAAAGGAAUAAGAUUUCUGAAUCAGAGAGGAGUAGUCCUACUCCCAACUCAUAUAAAUGCUAUAGAGAGGGGAUAUUUACCUUGCCUCCGAAUAACACUCAUUUUAUCGAUUACAAUCUACGUUAUAAUUUUUUGGACCAAAAUCAGUACAAAACUGAAACUUAUAGCCAAGCAAAUAACUAUUGGAAUAAUACUGUAAUAUCAAUUACAAGGGAGGUUAGGACGAUUGUAAUCGACAAAAGUACUGAACCUUUAGGCAUACAGAUCGAAUGCUUGAAAUCUUGUAACUAUACUAGUCACGUCCAACAAAACAAAAUUAGUGAUAUUGAAAUGGAUGAAUUAGAUAAAGACAAAGGUGGGAUUUAUAUAUCCUUUAUAGAGACCGACAGUUUGGCAUAUUUGGCCGGGCUACAAGUUGGUGAUCAGUUGCUUGAAAUUUGUGGCAUCAAUUUGAGAAAUGCUACAUAUUCUUUGGCUGCUAAUGUUCUAAGAAAUUGUGGACAACAUAUGACAAUUUUGGCACAAUACAAUCCUGAAAAAUAUUUUGAAAAGAACACAAUUUCGCCCAAUGAAAACAUGAAAAGUCAAAACCAAACCGACGAUUUAUUAAAAAAUAAUCGAUAUUCUUACGCUGAAAAUGAUAAACAAAUAAAAUUAAGUAAAGAGCCAAAGUUAUUAUCUAACAAAUUAUCAUCAACACUUAAAUUAUCAGAUCAUAAAAAGAAACGGCCAUGGAUUUUACCACGCUAUCAAAGGAAUUUAACCAAGGUGCUUCAAAAUGAAAGUCUUGGCUCUAAAAAUGAAGGCAUGAAUAAUUGUGAUAACCUACAUAAAAAGAGUCUAACCAAUCGCUUUUAUCAAUCGGAACAACAAAAACCGCUCUCCAACUCUAAUUAUAACAAUUUUAAUCUAAAACAAUCUUCCAAACAAUGCGACCCAAUUAUAGCUUCGGCCUCUGAUUUUUUAAAAUCAACUAAAAAUAAAUACGAAGAAAGAGAAGUUAAAUUCAUUUUUAUCGAUAUAAGCGCUAACUCAAAAUCCACGUUAACCUCUGUGGAUUCAUCGUCAGAAAACAAGGAUUUGGAUGAUUUUAAAGGUUUUUUACUCGAGAAUCGAAUAUGCGAUGUGUACAAUCGAUAUUACCUAAAUUUCAAAAACUUGGGUAUAAGCUUGAUUGGGGGCAAUAAAUGUGGCAUUUUUAUCAAUGAAAUUUUGCCCUACGGUUUAGUAAAUGAUUAUUUUAAUCGGGAAAAAUCUAACAUUCAAUCUUCUCAAUUUUACCUUCCCGAUAAAAAUGUUAACAGGGAUAUUAUAGAUCGACUGAUCAAAGGUGAUCAAUUACUUAAGAUAAAUGGGAUGACUUUAAAAAAUCUUACUAUGGAAGAAGUUGUGUAUGAAUUGGGAAAAUCAACUAUUCUUGCUAUAUCAGCUCGCUCUAAUUAUAUAAAAUAUCAAGAUGCUCUUUACAAAUCUGGUGACUCAAUAUAUAUAAAGACAUUAUUUGAUUUGGAAGAUUUUGGAUUUUUUUUUAACAAAGUACCAAAUUUAAGUUUUAAAAGGAAUGAUAUAUUAUUAGUCGAUGACACUAUGUUUAAUGGAGAUUGUGGCUGUUGGAAAGCAUGGAAAUUAGAUGAAAGAGGCAAUAAAAUUGUUUGCGGGGUGAUACCUUCUGAUUACAAAUUAGAAAUUUUGGAGCGAAAUUUAAACAUGCAAAAGGUUGGUUCUCACAAUAGGUCAUUUUGUAAAAUGAUAAAGAAAAGUCCUAAAAACUCUCCCAUCAUAUCACUGACAUCUCUAUUUUCGGCAAGGGAUAACGUUGUUUCUCAAAAUAACGAAAAUCAACAUGGUAGCACCUUGAGCUACAAGAGAAGAUUUUCUAUCGACAAUACAUUACUGGAUAACUUUAAUUCUAAUAUUAAUUAUAAUAAAAAUACGAGAUUUUAUAACAAUAUAACUAUAAAAGAGGAUACAUUAUUGGAUCAGAUAAAUUAUAAUUCUUUUAAUAACAAACUUAUUCCUAUAAAGAGCCAAACAGUAGGUAAAAGAAACAAAUUUACCAGCAAUUUUCAGAAAUUAUUAUCCCUAAACUAUUCGUAUCAUGAAGAUAAAGAAGACACUAACGAUUUUGGAAAUUCCAAAAAGCAUCUGUUUUACCAGAAAAUCCGCAGGAUUGAAAUUUAUUAUCAGCGACCACUAAUAGUUUAUGGACCCUUUGCCUCUGAAAUAAUUGAAAAAUUGAUUCAUCUCUGGCCUCAUAAAUUUAAUCUCUUUAAAUCUGCAGAAAUAAUGAAAGGGUCCUUAAAAAUGAUGGAGCAGGGUAUUAUGGACAAUAUUUUUUUUGAUUUUAAAAAAUCUGGAGAUUAUUAUGAAUAUAUUUCUUACCAGACAAUGAAAAAUCUCAAUCAGCAGAAAUCUUAUCAUAAUAUACUAGAUAUGAAUAUUGAAGCACUUCCUCGAUUAUUUUCAUUAAAUAUAUGUCCUAUUAUAGUAGUGAUCAAAUUUAAAAACAUAAAACACAUGAAAGAAUUCCACGACAACAAUCUUAACAAAACUAACUUCGAAGACAGUAUGAAUGCAUCAAAAAAGAUUAAAUCCAUAUAUCAAAAGAUCAACAAAAUAGAAGAACCCUUGAAGCGUUACCUUCAAAUUUACAUUCCAGACAAUCUAAUCAUAGACAAUAUAUGCGAAGAUAUGUUACAUUUAGUAGAACAAGAACAACAAAAAGCUCUAUGGGAACCAAUUAUAAUGCUAAACACAAAUUUUGGAACUCUAUAAUUUAUACAAUGUAGUAUAAAAAAUUGUGAUAUUUAUUUAUUCGCUUUUAUUCAUCAUAUAA